CGUACCUUGGGUUCAACCUUUCAACUGUUUUCCCAAGCUGAAGCACAAGCCAGUCAGAAAUAUUCCCCUCGUUCUUUUUGUGAACUAACACUUUCUCUCUCGCCAAGGCGCUGAACUGAAUCACAAAUCUUCGCCACCCUAUAGAACAUCUAUUCCAGAAUGGCCAUGCAAACUACAACACCAGCAACAGUUUCUGGACCCAGUGCACAAUUGGUUGGAAAUGCUUUUGUGGAACAAUAUUACCUUAUUCUGCAUCACUCACCAGACCAGCUCUACAGAUUUUAUCAGGAGUCAAGUGUGUUAAGUCGCCCAGAUCCUGAUGGUUCUAUGACAUCUGUGACAACCAUGGAUCGUAUUAAUGAUAAGAUACGUUCCUUGGAUUACAAGAACUACGAUGCAGAGAUAAAAACUGCAGAUUCUCAGAGUUCCUACAAUGGUGGGGUGAUUGUUUUGGUAACUGGUUGUUUAACUGGAAAGGACAAUUUAAAAAGGAAGUUCACGCAGACGUUUUUCCUUGCUCCGCAAGACAAAGGCUAUUAUGUUCUGAAUGAUGUCUUUAGGUAUGUUGAACAAGAUGAGGCAGAUUCUAAUGCAAAAAUGGUUAAUGAAGCUGAUGAUGAACCAACAGUUCCAAGCCCUGAUCCAGAACCUGCUCAUGUGCCUGAUUGUCUUAACGCCAACCCAGCUAGCUCUGAUACAGAAGAGGUUACAAAUGUUGGCACAAAAAUCCAUGACUCAUUGGAAGGUGAGGAACAAGUUAGUGAUGAAAGAGAAAUUUUCGUGGCUACUGAAUCUCAUAUAAAUGAGAAUCAAACCUCUGCAAGUUUGGAAUCAACUACUUCUGCUAUCCAAGAUGAUGCUCCAAAAAAGUCAUAUGCAUCAAUUCUAAGUUCACAGAUGAAUAAAGGACCGACAAAAAUAUAUGUACCUACUAAUGCUUCGAGGAUGAAAACUGAAAAGCAGUCAGCUAGUAUGGUAGCACAAGUUCCAGUACCUGAAGCUGAAUCACCAGCUCCAAUUGCCCGCAGCACUGCUAUUGAUGAAAGCCAGAAUGCUCAAGAAGAAGCUGAGGGUCAUUCCAUUUAUGUCCGAAAUUUGCCUUUCAAUAUUACAGUAGCUGAAUUAGAGGCUGAAUUUAACAAAUAUGGACCUAUCAAGCACGGAGGUAUCCAAGUCAGAAGUAACAGGCAACAAGGAUUCUGUUUUGGCUUUGUUGAAUUUCAUGCUUUGAACUCAAUGAACAAUGCUAUACAGGAUUCACCCAUUAUGAUUGGGGAUCGUCAAGCUGUGGUUGAGAUAAAAAGAACUACAACUCGAGUUGGCAUGGGGAGAGGUCGGUUUGGUUCCGGUAGAGGGUUUCGAAAUGAUAGAUUCAGGGAGCACGGGGAUUUCAGAGGAGGUCGCGGCAGCUAUGGCAGAGGUGAUUUUGGAGAUGGUGAAUUUGGUAGGGGCCAAGGUGGGCGAGGGAGGGGAGGAGGACGAAGAGGUGGUUGGAGCCGAAAUGCAGCUUCAUCAUCACCACACUAAGCCAAAAUAUUUUGGCCCAAUUUUGACACUGUAGUUUUCACUUGCCAACCAAAACAAAAAUCACGAUUAACCUAAUUCUUGUGGCCGAUAGCACGGGAUAGAAGAAACGGUAUCAUCAUUUGUUACUAUCGAAAAGACCAUGUUCUGUAAUUCCACAAAGUGCUUCAAAUGUUAGCCAGGGGGAACAACACAACCAGUUAGAAUACUGAAUACCAACCUCAACAGUCUUAUCACAUACUAACACUAUUUUUAACUUAUAGCUAUUUACAGUA